GUAUAUCCAUAGCAAAGACGGAUCUCAUUCAAGUGGUUUUUAUCACGGUUACAAACACCAUGGCAUAUAACACGACCGAAGUCCCACACAUGCAAAGUAGAUCUUCCAAACAAAGUCGCAAUCGUACGCUACUCUCGUGUACGGAAUGCCAUAGGAGAAAACAAAAAUGCAAUCGAAAUCAUCCCUGUAACCAUUGUCUGGAGCGACGCGUUCCGCAUAAGUGUCGUUUUGUGAUACCUUUAAGACAAAGAGAUUCAAAGCUUGAUUAUGAAACCGCAAAAGCUGCUCGCGACCGAAGGAUACUUUCUGGGGAGGAAAUUCUACUUAGCUUUGAAUCAGUCGGAGAUCUACGAAGCGCUGGAUCAUCUUAUGCAUUCACUCAUGCAUCUACAGAUGUGACACGAAAAUUGUUCUCUGAUCGUACUCCUACUCAUGAUACAAAACUACAGGCUUCCUUUCGGACCAAUCUAACAAGUGGGAUUCUGGAUGGGUUUGAUCCAUUCUCGGUAUUUCCAGAUACAAGUGGAGAUCCGCUUCCCAAAUCAAUUCUCAUAGAAUACUUUGUUAAGCAAUUAGGCCCGUGGCUUGGUUCAUACAAUGAUUCUGAAGUUGUGGGUCGCCCAGCAUUCUCCUGGCUAACAUCUGCUCUGCAACAUCCCCCAUUAUUCUAUGCUACGUUAUUAGGCGCAGCCGUCCACCUAGACCGCAAAAGACCUAUAGACAAACGUAGUCUUUUCUGGUACAAGAUUGAGACGAUUCGUUUAGCAAAUGAAACAAUGAAUAUACCCCACGAAGCUGCUACGGAUCAAAUGAUUCUAGUGGUUUUAAUUUUACUUUAUUUCAACGUCGGUGGUGGAGAUGGAGAAGAAUAUGAAAUGCAUCUCUUAGGUAUCAACAAAAUGUUAACCAUGAGAGGAGGUAUGAACACUCUAGGAAUGAGUGGUAUGAUUACAAACUGGCUGAAAGUUUGUUAUGGUCCUUGGAAUCAUGAUUGGCAUUAUGGACUUUUUGUGGACUUUUAUGGUAUCAAACGAAAAUCGCAUAACUAUAUGAUGAAAUAAUCAAACUCCA